GACGAUUUGACGUUUGUGAUUUUAUUUUCUGUUCGAUUUCUCUUCUGAUCAAUUUCUAUUCUUCGAUUUUAAUUUAAUUUUAUUGUAAAUUUGUAAACUAGCUGUAAAUAUCACAUUUUAAAAUAAAUUAAUAACAUAAUAGAUUUAGCUUGAUCUACAGGUGACAAUAAUGGUAGCUACAAUUACCAGAAACAAAUAACUGUAAAGAAACAAAUUGUACAUAGUCAUUCAAUUUUGUUGAUUAUUAUAAUUUUAAACCCCAUUAAAUUGGACCAAAUUCAAAUUCCAAAUGAUGGCUGGGUCGGCGUUAAGAAGACUGAUGGCCGAAUAUAAACAACUGACACUCAAUCCACCUGAAGGGAUCAUUGCUGGUCCCGUUAACGAAGAAAACUUUUUCGAGUGGGAGGCUCUCAUAGCAGGCCCGGAAGGCACAUGUUUCGAAGGUGGCAUAUUUCCCGCCAAGCUCCUUUUUCCGCCAGACUACCCCUUGAGUCCACCAAAGAUGCAAUUCGUGUGUGAAAUGUUCCACCCCAAUAUAUACGCGGACGGCAGAGUUUGUAUCUCCAUCCUGCACGCGCCGGGAGACGACCCGACGGGCUACGAGUGUAGCGCGGAGCGUUGGUCCCCGGUGCAGAGCGUCGAGAAGAUCCUGCUGUCGGUCGUCAGCAUGCUGGCCGAACCGAACGACGAAAGCGGAGCGAAUGUAGACGCAGCGAAAUUGUGGAGGGAAGAUCGCGAACAGUUCAACAAGAUAGCAAAACGACUGGUUCGAAAGACGCUCGGCUUGCCUCCCGCCGAAUAGCACCAAGUGGAGCGUCUCAAUGUGACGACCUUCACCGAGACGGGUGUUGGAUGAAAAGUUUUCAUAUCGCAUCAAAUACUCGUAUGUCAAUAAAUAUAUUGGUCCAGGAUCCGUGAAGCAUUUUUACAGUUGUUUACUGUCAAGUUAAUUUUUCGUGAGGAGCUCGAGUUCUGUAAUUAUACAUAACAUUCAAAUAUAUAAAUUACAGUUAGUAACAAUGUUUGAUAUCCUCGUUAUUGAUACAAGUCGUUAUUGUUAUUUUCAUUCAUAUGCUUAAUGAAGAGUUAUACAAGUUAACGGUCGCAUUGUCGCUGGCACUGGUCUGGGUUAUGAAAUAUUCCAUUACGAAGACGGUGGUGUAUAUGGUUGUCUGUGAAAAGUUUUUAGUCAAACCAUCUGAAAUAUAUUUAUCUAAUCUCGUGUCAUAAUAUUAUAUGUUAUGAAAUGAAAAAAAUAUCGUCAUGACAGAUUAUUCUCAUGCAUGCAUACUGUAAUAUAGAUUAAAAAUUUGGGUUGCAGCCCUUAGACCGAGCCCGUAGACUUAAUAUCUAUGUUUUUGUAUUCCGUCACAGAUAGAUAAUAAUAAUAAUAAGAAUAAUUAUAAUAUAACUUUAUUACUGUUGACCUCGGGGAUUUUAGAUUUUAAGACAAAAAGUCAAGCUCAUGUCUAUUUUCUACACAAUAAAGUUGGGUUACACUGUUUAAUAGUACAUUAUGACGUAUAGUGCGGUAAGUUGAAAAUUACAGCCGAGGCGAUAUUGCUAGCCAGAGCCGUAGGCGACAGCUAGCAAGGAAGCAGAGGCUGUAAUUAUCGAAGCGCACGUAUGUCGUACGACGUUUUAUGACAUGUUUGCAAGGAAACACACCUUGAGCACAUUUUCUGAAAAUGAAUUUACAUCUUUGCUUGUUUUCCAUGUGAUGAAAUUUUGAUACGCUUGUAACGUAUGCAUCGGUCGAUUUAGCGGGCACGAGGGCACACAAUCUUAAAGUAGCCUUAGAUAUACAGAAUACUUAGAGUAUCCUUUUUCUUUACUUUGGGACUUCUAGCGAUGUUGAAUUAAUAAAUUCAUCACUACUUCAUAUUUUAAAAUUAAAAUAAUCACAGAUAGCGAAGUGCACACACCAGCGUUUUUUUUUCUUAGGUCAUUGCACCGAAAAACUACUAAACAAGUAAAUUAAUAUUUUUGUGUUCUUGUUAUAGAUAAAAUUGUUGUCAUUUAUUGUCAAAAUUAUUAAAAUAAAAGAAUUAAACGUUUAUUUAUUAUAUUUUAUCUCACAAAGUUAAUGUUAUUCAUAAAAUGUUGAGCAAUUUUCUAACUUAAAAACUUUGCCAAAAUUUUAAAAAAAUACCGUUCGUUUUUAGACGGCUGGUAAUGGUGGCCGCUCACUGACAAUUUUUAGUUGGCGGACUGUCGGACAACUAAAUUGCAAACGUUUACAAUUUAGUUGGACGAGUUUAAUUAGUAUAGGGUAGUGGCACCAAAAGUUGAACAGACCCCAAUAAAUGAGCGUUCGUGCUACAAUCCCGAAUGUAAAGUUAACUACCGUGCGCUACAUGUUUACCCACAAAUAGCAAUGCUUUCACUAUACGUGUGCAUAAAAUACCCAAAUCUGAAAUAAGGAAUAUCCUACUUAUGGUUUUCGUUAGAUUAACUGAGCGCAGAAGUAUAUUGGAAUAAACUAGCUGAUGACCGCGACUUCGUCCGCGUGAAAUUUGUUUAUCUGUUACCAUUUCAUGGCUAAACCACUGAACCGGUUUUGAUAAAUUGUGGUAUAGACAUUAAAUUGGAUUUUAGAGCAUUUUUAACAUGGGCAUUUUAGGCAAACAUGGGCAUGGGCAAAAACAUGGCAUACACGACAUCGUACCGGAACGCUAAAUCACUUGACGGUACGUCUUUGCCGGUAGGGUGGCAACUAGCUACUAUUUGUAAAUCAAAUAUAUCAUUUAGACAAAAAAGUAUUGAGUGUGGAUUUUGUUUAUGACACUUACUAAAUUUUACUACUUAUUAUCAAAGAAUCGUGAUUUUUUUACCCCUGCCAACACGAAUUAAAACAUGGCUUUGGUUUUAAUUCUAUAUUAUGCAAUAAUCAACAAUUAAGUGAAUAAUUAUGAAAUAAUCAAUAAUCUCUUAAUUGUUGAUUAUUUCACUAAUGAUGAUUAAUUUUUGAUCUAUGAUCGUCAUAAUACGAAAAUCAUUAAUAAAUAUACUUACUUGUAAAUGAAAAACCCCUAUAUAAAAUCCAUUUCAUUAAAAAAGGUGCGCGCUAUUCAAACAAUAGAAAAUAUUGAAAAGCAUACCCAGCACUCGUGAACGCUCCGUUGAACAACGUCGCAGAAGGAAAAAGGCCGGAGGCCGUCAAAAAUGUUUACAUUUAAGUAUUAUUUUUUUACUUGUAAACGGAUAACAACUAAAUUUUCACUUUUUUUAGCUUUAGCUUUUUCGGUUACCUAAUAAUCACAGGAUAAUGCAAUUUAUAGAUUGAUGACAUGGUAUAUAGAUGAUAAAAUUGUUAGUACAACUAUAGGGUUAUUAUGUUAGGGUAUGACAAAACAUCCAUAAUUGUGGUAAAUUCCAAAAUUUGGCAAUCAAAUUAUUUUUUUUAUAACUUAUCGGUAACUUAACUUUCUUAACUUACAUUAUUUUAUAACUAGGACUUUUUCAUUUAAUUUAGUCAAAUUUAGAUUUUAUAUUAAACUCAACAAACGUCUUUAUUAUUAGUUGGACGAUUUAGUUGGUGAGAUGGUCUGUCUGGGUGGGUCUGUCAUAUAUCGCUAUACCCGUUCUAUACUCGGCCGAUUUGGUCGGCCAACUAAAAGUGCAAGUGAGCGGGGGCUCUGAACCGUGCGGUUUACCGUAAUGCCGUAAUGUAAUAUUACGGAACAACUGCGUAAUUAAAUACAUUACAAUAUUUAAAUAUUAUUACUUAGCACAUGGGGUUGGGGAGCUCUAAACAAUUGUUAUUUACUUAGAGCUCCCCAUAAUUAUAUACAAAUAUUCAGUUUGACAAUUGAUGACAAUAGAAGCAAACGUUACGUACCCACCAAACUGAAAAUAAAAUAUGUCCGAUCAUUCAGUGAUGGUUGCCAAGAAUGUACUAUAAAAUGAUACCUUUUAAUUUAAGCAUUUUCUUUCAUAUUACAGGAUCAUUUAUAACAGAUAACAGUAUAAAAGUAUUACUUAUGUAAAUUUAAAUUAAUUUAAAAGUAAACUUUUUCACCUUUUCUUAUUUGUACAAUGUUUGUUUUUUUUUUAAAUGAGUGGUUGUUUAUAUCGAGUUUACACCGAAAUAUGCUCUAGUAUAGCUCUCCUGUUGAAAAAACUCUGCCUGUUAUAAAAGAAAAUGUUACAAACACAACUAUCAAUCUUUUACCCUUAAAGUCGUGGAAAUGUACAACAAAUGUUACCAAGUUUUCAUGAUUUGAAAAAUAAAUUGCAUUAGGUAAAGUAGAGCACGAAUGGUGGUUACAGAUCCCGCCUUGUACAUCUUACAAAUGCACUCAUAUUUUAAUGACUCUAACUAUGCAAGCGUUUCAUAAUCUACUAUAUUGACAUAUUUAUAUAUAUAACAUUUUUCUUUCAAUAACCAGCUCGGUGAAGGUCGUCAUUUGGGACCUUACACCAACACCGAUAACAACCCCCUAUAGUAUAUUUUAUUUUGUUAUAACAUCUUGCGAGUAUCCUACGAGUAUAUAAUAAUGGGACGCUAAGUGUUAAAUCAAAAUAACGUAACGGACGGACACCCGCGACUCCGUUCGUGUGAAUAUAGAUGUACACUUUCAACCCCUAUUUCGUCCCCUUCUAGUUAUUAUAUAUUUAUAUUUUAUAUAACAAUUAGUGCACUAACCAUUUCACAAAAAUAUAACUCAUAACAUGACCGAUUUAAAUUAAAAAAAUUUACACCCCUUUUUAGCCCUUUAGAAGUAAAAUGAAGACUUUCCAUAGAAACUUUCAACCUCUAUUACACCCCUUAUGAUUUUUUUUCGUGACUAAAGUAUCCUACACCUUCUUCGUAUUAUAAUCUCAAAUCGUGCCAAGUUUCAUUGAAUUCACUCAACAGUUUCAUCGUGUCAACAAAAAUAAAGACAGACAAAAAAUUAAAAAAAAAAAUAUUUUUAGCUUCAGUAUCGAUUAUAUUAUUAUCUUCCAACAAAAGGUAUCUUCAAUGUACAGAAUGGACCUGCUUCUGUUUUAUUAUACCUAAGUAGAUAAAUUAUAGUGUAAAAAAUUAUAUUUAUAAAAAUGGUAUUUCAGCAAACAAUAUGAAUUAUUAUUUAUUUAUUAAUAACAAUUCAUACGUAAUAUACAGGGUCACUUGAAAUUCAUAGCGAUUCCUUUAGGAUUAAGAUUAUUAGCUAUUAAAUUGCAUUAGCUUAUAUGGGGCAAAAAUGUACCGAUUUCGAAAAAUAAUGGUGGAUUAUAAAAUGAAACUUACGUAUGUAGUGGUCGUUUUUGGUGUUAUUAGUUUGGUAAUAAUCUAUUACAUAAUAAUAAUAAUAAUACAAAAAGAACAGAAAUGUCGUACUGUUUUUGAUUCAUGAUUUAGAGAAUCUAAAUUUUUUCCAUGUUUUUCUGUAUUCUAUGAUUAAAUGCAAAUUUAUUUCAAAAAAUACCUAGUUACUUUAUCAUCAGCUUAGCAGUUUAAAAACAAGUGUGUUUUGUUAGCUAUCCAACGAGGUAUAAAAACUAUAAAUAUGUUGAAAAAUGGCUGAGUACAUGUACACUGUACACAAACAGUAGUAAGAGAAUGUUCAUUACAAUAUAUUCAUAUUUAUUUAUUAAUUAAUAAAUAAUAUUUCAUAUUGUUUGCUGAAAUAUCAUUAUAAGUUAAUUAAUUAAUGAAAUAUUAGUAAUUAUUAUCAGUAACUAUUUAUUAUGUUUUAACAUUGUUAAUUAAUCAUGCAACUUGGAAAUGUUUUAUAUUUAUAUACAUAAUAUACUUUUAAUAAAUAAAUGAAUAUUUUAAUACUUA